AGGGCUGGGGCUUCCUGAGGUACAGCAGGAGGCUGCUGGGGAUGCAGAGCAAGGUUGUAGAAUCUGGUGGGGAGAUUGAUCUGCAAAAGCUACAAAAGUAUCAUUUGGAAGAGGCUGCCAGCUUCUGCACUUUUUUAAAAGCCUGAUUUCUAACAGCACUUGGCACUAGCCUUCUUUGCAGUGAGGUGUAACCACUUGAGUAAGUUCUUGCCAGUGUAUUACUAGCAGAACUGGAACUUCUGAGAAGCCUCUCAAAAUGAGAAGGGAAUGAUGCUUGACUGGCACAGCUCCCUGAUCCUCACAGCCUACAUCCUCAUCUUCCUUUCCGGCCUCCCUGCCAACCUCCUGGCCCUGCGGGCCUUUGUGGGGCGGGUCCGCCAGCCCCAGCCUGCGCCCGUGCACAUCCUCCUGCUCAAUCUGACCAUGGCUGACCUCCUCCUGCUGCUGCUGCUGCCCUUCCGGAUCAUUGAGGCUGCAUCCAACUUCCACUGGUAUCUGCCUCAGAUUGUCUGUGCCCUUACUGGUUUUGGUUUCUACAGCUGCAUCUACUGCAGCACGUGGCUCUUGGCGGGCAUCAGCAUCGAGCGCUAUCUGGGAGUGGCUUUCCCUGUGCAGUACAAGCUCUCCCGGCGGCCUAUAUAUGGAGUGAUCGCUGCUCUGGUCGCCUGGAUCCUGUCCUUCGGUCACUGCACCAUUAUAUUCGUUGUUCAGUACUUGAACGCAACCGAGCAGGUGAGAGACGGAAACCAAAUAACCUGCUACCAGAACUUCACCCAAGAGCAGCUAGACCUGGUGUUGCCUGUGCGGCUGGAGCUGUGCUUGGUCCUCUUCUUCAUCCCCAUGGUUGUCACCAUCUUCUGCUACUGGCGCUUUGUGUGGAUUAUGCUUACCCAGCCUCAUGUGGGAACCCAGAGGCGAUGGCGAGCUGUGGGACUGGCUGUCGUGACCCUGCUCAAUUUCCUGCUGUGCUUUGGACCUUACAACUUGUCACACUUGGUGGGAUUUUUCUUAAGGGAAAGCCCCCCGUGGCGGAAGGAGGCCGUGGUGUUCAGCUCUCUCAACGCCACCCUGGACCCACUGCUGUUCUACUUCUCUUCUUCGGUGGUGCGCAGAACUUUUGGUGAAGGGCUGCAGCUGCUGCGUCGUCAGGGCUCCUCCCUGCUGGGGUGCAGGGCCAAAGAGACAGCGGAGGUGACAACUGGGGACAGGGGCAUGAAUCAAACAGAGAGAAUGCCAAGUUCGGAUUUCAUCACAGACUAAUGAUUUCCUGGAUCUUUGGGGGACACUCUGGGUUACACUGGAGUUGGGCAACCAGGGAGAUGGGCAGCUCCCAGACGCAAGAAUCCUGAGGCCCAAACUAGGACUGGUAAAACUUGGUAAAAACCUCUCUUGCCGGUUUGGUAUCCCUGCCUGCUUCAAUUUCCCUUUCUAAGUAAAUAUAGCUUAAUGACAUGAGAGAAAAUGGUUAGGCCUAGAAAUUCUGCCUGGCCGAGAUGUCAUAAGCAAGGCAGCUAACAUGGAUUCAGUCUUUGUGAGGAAGUUGGUGGAAGGGAAAGACCCUGGCAGAAGCAGAGUCCUAAAGCAAUCUCAUUCCAGGCUUAGAAACAGCACCUGGACACUGGUCUGGCUGCUGGUGCUGGAAAGAAGCCAAUGGGAAAGAGACGGAAGAGAAAUACGGGCAAGGAAGGGCAAGGGAGUCUCCAAAAGGUGCAGAGCCAAGGGGACCAGAAGGGCUUAGAUCUCUACUGCUCCGGCUUCACUGUAUCAGUCUGACGCAUUGUUUUGUAUGUGUGCUUCUUCAUCUUCAUGGUAUCCUGUCUCCUCCAUGAAACUGAGGUCUGGAUCCCUUCCUCCUUCGUGUUACCCCACAUGUUGUGCAUGUUAGGGUGAAGAGGACAAACACAGCAGGGAGGACCAGGUGGAGCAGCCAGGGGGACGAGGUGAUCCAGUGGAAACCACGGAGACCUCUGCAGAUGGAAAUGUGAUGAGGGGGAAACAAGUGAGCACAUGAUGGAAUCUUAUUACAUUGAGGACGAGGGAAGGCUGCACUUAGAGGAUGCAGGCAAAACGCACCUCAGAGCCACCCGUCUACGCCAGAGGCUUAAAACAAGCUCCCCCUGCUCAGAAGUCCAGUUUCCUGCCUUCAAAAUUUUUCUUUCCAUCAUUUAUCAUCCCUUUGCCUGCUUUAUGCCUUCUCCCUUCCUAAUCCUGCCUCCUUGACUCAUUUUUCCAUGGUAGGAUCCCUAGCUGAAUUAACAAAGUCUCCAGCCCCCAGCUUUGUGGUUUGUAGCUUGAACUGCAUAUCAGUUACACAUGGGGAUGUGAAAAUAACAGAAAGCCACCUUCACCCUACUGCCAGGAUCUGGGGCCCCAGCAGUCAAGCCUCACUAAGUGAUUCUCAGGAACCAAAUCUGCCUAAAAAAUUAUUCUUCAGAGUGACUUUUUCUGCAUUUACCUCCCUCUUCACCUCCAUCCCAUACUCCCACUUUUUUGACCCCUCUUAUAAAAUCCCACUCAAUAUUAGCUUUUUCCAGAAAGUCUUUCUUUAUUACUCCUCCCACCCACCCAUAAGCUCGUUUUCUGGUUUCCUUCUUCAAAGAAGUCUGGACCAGCACCCUCUGAGCCCUGGCUUCAAUACUUGGGCAUCUUACUAGCAUGUCCAACCUUUCCAAGUCACAGUGAUAAAGAUAAGGUACAUCUCCCAGGAGUAUUUUGAGGAGUGAAAUGUGAUUCUGAGUUCUAUCCUUGGUGCAUACACACACACACACUGUCUCUCACACUCAAAACUAUAGCUAUAAAAUUGCUGAGAAAUUGUAGGGCAUUUAGCUCUAGAAAUAUCAAUUUGUGUGAGCACAGAUGUUUCUUCACUUCAAAGACAUAUAAGUAAUAAAUCAAAAAUCUUUGAAAUAAUAUUUUAGAUAAUUGACUAAAGAAUGGUUUAGCAGGACUAUGUGAGAAAAAUCUGGAAUGUUUCAGUUUAUGAGUCCUCUGUGGAUUAGUUUCUUUAAAAAGUAACUUGACUUAGAUGGCAUUAAAAGAAACAAGUUUCAAUUCAAUAAAUUGAUAAUAACAGCACUCCACUUGGAUGUAUGUACUCAUGCUCAUUACUGACACAAUUGUAAGAAGGACACUAAUUCAGAGGACUGAACCCUCGAAACAUUAAACAAAGUGUUUUAGAGAUUUUAAACAACAUAACAGUAAUAAUAAGGCAUAAUAAAUUCUAGACAUGAUGCCAGAGAAGGAGCCACAGAGAAUUAAGGUAAUUUUUCAAGGUCAGUAGGUAAGAAGGAGUCUGAAUCUAGUUCUUCUGACUCCAAGAUGUCUGCUUUUUCCACUGCUAUGGGAGGAGGAAGUAGGAGAAUGCUGCCGUGUGGCUGUGAGGUUGGGACAUGAGGACGCCCAUUCUAAGGGGAGUUACUCUACCUAGCUGCAUAGCAAAGAGCAAAGAUCACAGCAAGAGACUGCAAACAGCUGGAGCUGUUUAAACAGAACUGACUCCCGCAGCCAGGUAGCUAGUCUCUUAAUUUCCAGGAACAUUCAAGCAGAAAUUAGCAACCACUCAUGCUAGGACACCGAGGAAACACGCAUCUGAUAAGCGCUGACUGAACUGGCCAGUGACUUCCCAUUCCAAGAUUCUCAGGUUCUCUAGCUACGCAGUAGCUCCUGUUAACUGGGAAAGUACAAAAUAAAGUCAUUUGGGGACUCGGGAUUGUCAGGAAGUAGCCACAGCUGAUCUGAGACUUUCACAGUGAGGCUUUAGCUUCUUGCAAGUAUGUAACUUCUUCAGAUCACUUGAUAUAACAAUCCAUUUCUUCAAUGGGAAAUUAGUAAUUUAUUUGUUCAACAAACAGGCAUUGAGUACUAUGGAUGCUCCUUGUUUUAUGCUGGGUGUUUGUUCUGAUAAACCCAUCAUACCUGUAAAAUACCCUAAAUCUAAAAGGCAUUUAACACAUCUAGCCAACUGAACACCAUAGCUUACUGACACAGAGCACUGCAGUGUGUAACUCCUGCAGCUUGUAAGAGAAAUUCGUACUGCAUAUCAUCACUAGCCUAGGAAAAGAUCCGAAUCUGCAAUGCAAAGUAUAGUUCCAGGGAAUGAAUUUUGCACCACCUUAAAUUUGAAAAAUCCUUCGCUGAUCCUUCUUAAGUCAAAGACCAUCUAUAUAGGCCAGGUGCUAGGGGCUAGAGAUACCCAGUGAACAAAAGAAACUUGCCCUUACUGGGGCUUCCAUUCAAGUAGGAAGAAUAGAGAGGAAACAAAUAAACAAGUACACAAGCAAGGUCGUUUCAGACAGGAAAAUGGGACCUAGCUACAAAGGAAUAGAAAUAAAGUUUAUGAGCAAGUAGAAUGGGAGGCAGAGAAGGUUUAAAGAUUCCCCAGACAAAGGAAAGGCAUUUCUACAAAAGCCCAUGGGAGGAGCAGCCUUAUCCCCCCCCCCAGUCUUUUUAUUUCAUUUUUAUUUUUAAACUAUUUUUAUGGAGAUGUUUCUGAUACAUGACAAUGACAUCUCAUACAUGACAAUGACAUCUGCCUUGGGGAAUUGGGACAUAUACAUAUCACAUCUUAAUCACCUGUGCUUCCCCUUCUCUCCCUCUGCCCCAUCUUCCCCCACCUCCAACUCCCCUUGCCAUCUCCGCAGUCCAUAUCCCUGUUCCGAUCAUCAAUCUUUAUUUUGCUCUUUAUUUUUAUUUUGAGUAGGAGAAACCAUGAGAUAUUCAACCUUCUGUGUUUGAUUUAUUUCACUUAGCAUUAUUGUCUCAAGGCACAUUCAUUUUCUUACCAAUUUACCCUUCUUUAUAGCUGAGGAGUACUCUACUGGCUAUUUGUAAAAUACAUUUUCUUCAUCAGUGCAGGAACCGCUGGUACAAAAGCCCUGAGGAGAGAGAAAAUAUCAGUGACUCAUAACCGGAGAGAAGCCCUGUGGGGCUAGAAGAGUGGUUUCAAACCCAAGCUUGUGUUAGGAUCACCAGGAGGGUGCUUCAAGUCAUAGAUCACUGUACUUCUCCCAGGAUUUCAGAAUCAGUAGGUCUGUGGGUGGGUGUUCUCCAGAGAAACAGAAGCAAUAGAAGAUAUGCAACAAGUGGCAUAAAAUAUAUAUGGUUCUUUAUGAGGACUUGGCUCACACAAUUCUGGGGGCUGAGAAUCUGCCUCCUGCAACUUGGAGCCCCAGCAAAAGCAGGUAGCUUCGCUUCAGUCUGAGUCCAAAGGCUGAGACCCAAGAGAAUGGAGGGGAUAAGUUUUAGAAUGAGGACAGAAAUCGGGUAACACCCUCAAGCUGCUGGACUGAGACAGUAAAUUCUCCCAUCUUCUGCCUUUUUGUUUUCUUCAUGCCCUUAGCCAGUUGGAUGGUGUCCACUCACGGUAUGAAGGGCGAUAUGCUUUACCAGCCUACUGGUUUAAAUGUUGACCUUAUUUGGGAGCAAACUCACAGUAUGCCUGGGCUGCCUUUCUAACAAGUGACUGGAUGAUGCUGACGUUGCUGGGUCAGCAACCACACUUUGAGGUCUGGCCAGUAAAAUGGUGAACCAGGGAGUGACAGAAAUAAGGUCACAGAGAACAAAGACCAGACCAUACAAAGCCCUUUAGGAUAGAGAAAAGAGUUCGAAUGUAUUCCUAGGACUUCCAGAAAGCAUUCAAAUUCUGGAAAACUUUCAAGAGCUUGAAGAAAGAGAGUAGAAUUACCUGAUUUCCACUUUUUUCUUUGCCAUGCUAGAGAUCAAACCGAGGACCUCUCACAUACUAAACACAUUCAUUAUCGCUGACCCACAGCUCCUGUUCUGAUUUCCAUUUUAAGAAGUUCACUAUGGCAGCUGUGGGUACGGUCAAGGGAGACAGCUGUCAGGGUCAAAGAGAUAAUAUUCAUGAUAGGCAAGAAACUGUAGAAUACUGUGCAAAUGUGCACAGGUAUCAUCUGGUGAGCAGCUCCCUGAAAUGGGGGCUGCUUCCUUUUCCAUGAGAAUUGGUGACCCAAGGAUCAAUUAGCCAGGAGGAGGCCUUAUAAUUUAUCUUUCUCUUAUUAGGUAAAUGCAUGUUCCCAGUGAUAUGCUGGACAAUGUUUAAUGACCAGCUCUUGGUAGGAGGAGGAAUAGGUCAGGGAGGCAGAAGGAGAGAGGGAAGAAAAUGCCCUGCUUUGUGGUCCUUGCCAAUUUAUGUGGGCUGUGCACUCCCCCCAACUCAAUUAAUUCCUAUCAUGACACUGAACAUGGAUUUGGCAAGAGAUACUGAUAAUUAGCUCCUGUGCUCCACUUGGCAGGCAGAUCACACCCUCCUGGGGGAAAUUUUCAUCUUUUCUUGGCUACAGAUAGUAUAAGGCUCUUGCACAGGGCUUUGGACAUGACAAACAGUAGCUAAAUAUGGCUGAUUGGGCCUGAUCCAAGACCAUCCGGGUAGCCAUACAAUUGUGAGACUUGUCUGAAUCCACUGCCUCGAAGCAGGAUGACAGAUGGGUAAACAGAAAUGUUAGUGUCUGGUUAAUGAAUAACACAGACAGCAGCCUAAAGCUGCUACCAGGAAACAGGUGGAGGGAGCCGGCUUGGUGUGACCUGUGAGUCCAAGCAGGAAAAGGAGAAGCUGCCAUUGACUAUUUCACUUUCCCUUUUUGCAAAAGAUGUUGCUAUGUGUCUGUUUAAGUGCGUAAGAUAGAUAACCAUAUUACUAAGUUUUUGUUGGAUCAUUGAACAGAACUGUUUGCAUUCUCAUUAUUUGAUUGUCCACUUUUUAUGCUUUAAUUUUAUAACUUAAACAACUAUUUCUAAGAGGACAAUAUGUAAUUUAUCAACUAGUGAUUUCUUAGUGUUAAUUUUUUUUGAAAUUCUGUAUUAGUUCUACCCUUUUUUCUGUUUUGCUAUUUUUUUCUUUAAAUAAAAAAAAGAUGUUGCUAUGCCUCUA